AUGUCCCUGUACAGUCAAACUGUGGAUUUCCUCUCUGGUGCUUUUUCAGACAACGAAUCAAAGCUUCCCUUACUAGCAGUGGCCGGGGCUUCAUUUACACUUGGUCUAAUCGCUCGUUCGGGGUUUGCUCAAAGCGAAUCCCCCAAGACAAUUUUCUCCUCGCCUCGAUUGGCAGUCUCGGCCAGCAUAUCCGAGUUGGAGAAUGGCCAGCUGCCUCUCCCCACUGAUGUCCUACCCGGUGCUCGUGAUGUCUUUACCCCGUACGGGUCAAUCCGAGUGUAUGAAUGGGGCCCAGAAGAUGGACCCAAGGUGUUGUUUGUGCAUGGCAUCACCACGCCGUGUAUUGCGCUUGGUGGGGUGGCCCAUGCGCUGGUGGACCGUGGCUGUCGUGUGAUGCUAUUUGACUUGUUUGGAAGAGGAUAUUCCGACUGCCCUGCUGAUCUUCCACAAGAUGAUCGUCUUUUUUCGACACAGAUCUUCCUCGCUCUGACGUCUUCGCCCAUCUCUUGGACAGGUGCAGAGUCCGGUAAAUUCUGCCUUACUGGGUACUCUCUGGGUGGUGGUAUUGCCGCUACCUUUGCAUCCUAUUUUCCUCACCUUAUUUCGUCAUUGGUGCUCCUAGCGCCUGCAGGCUUGCUCCGCGAUUCGCAUAUCAGUUUCCAGACUCGACUCCUUUACUCAAAGGGGCUUAUGCCUGAGAAUAUCUUAACAUCAUUGGUUCGCCGUCGACUGGGUGCAGGCCCCUUGGUCACGCCCAAGCCCAAGGACACGAAGCUCAAUGCCGCGGAUGCACUCACCGAGGAACUGCCUUCCCAAAGCGCUGCAGCAACCCAAAUUCUGUCCCGAAGCUACCCCCACAUCAAUGUCCCAUCUACCGUGGCGUGGCAGGUGAAUAAUCAUACAGGGUUUGUUCAUGCAUUCAUGUCUAGCAUGCGCUAUGGCCCGAUCCUACAACAGCGCCAAUGGAAUAAUUGGGUGCGUCUUGGCGAGUAUCUGACUGCACAGAACGAGACCUCAAGCAACGAAAAUAAGAGGCCUGGAGAUAACAAAGUUCACAUUCUGUGUGGUGAUAAUGAUUUAAUCAUUAUCAAAAGUGAGAUUGUUCCUGACGCCACGGCUGCCCUGGGUGGCAAUGUUGUCUUCAAGUUCUACGAAGCAGGACAUGAAUUCCCCAGUACAAUUUACGAGGAAGUAGCAUCUUACAUCUUUGAGAUACUAUAA